GCGUUCUUUUUUUCGUACUUUAUUAUUCCCCGACACCAUCCGCCCUUUAUCCAUCCAUCUACCCCUUCCACGAAACCGCGUUCCUCCAUCCAUCCCUUUCCCAAUUUCUUCACCCCAAUUCUGAAAACCCUAAUCUCCAUAAAAAGGCAAAAUUCACACUCCUCUCUCUCUCUCUCUCUCUCUCUCUCUCUAUCCGUACUGAAGAAUUUCGCACAAAUAGUUCGACUUCACCAGUACAAGCUUCAUCAGGAAUGGCGGAAAACGGCGAAGAGAAGCUGAUAGCGGUGGCCCGGCACAUCGCCAAGACUCUCGGCCACAACGAGACCAUGGCGGACGACAUCCUCCAGAUAUUCUCCAACUUCGACGGCAGGUUCCGGGAGAAGCUCUCGGAGAAGCUGAGCGAUGAAGACCCGAGAACGCUGGAGCACACCCUCAAGUCCCUCGACCGGCAGAUCUCCCGCUACGUCUCGGCGGACCACCCGAUCUGGUCCGACUCUGCCGACGCCGCCGCCUUCCUCGACGCCGUCGACGACCUCCUCUCCCUCAUCCAGACCUGGACCCCACUGUCCGACGAGAAGCCCGUCGCUGCCUGCCUCGACCGCGCCGACGACCUCCUCCAGCAGUCCAUGUUCCGCCUCGAGACUGAGUUCAGCACCUUAAUCGAACGCGGCGGCGAGUCGUUCGACACGACUCGGUUCCAGAACGGAACCGAGUCUGCCGCGGCGAAUUACUUCGACUCGGACGACGACAACGACGACCUGAUCGGGGGCGACGACGAGGACCACCAGGUCCCGAUCGCGCACCCGGUCACGAACUAUGACUUCGUCAUCGACGCCCUCCCGUCCGGUACCAUCAACGAUCUACACGAGAUUGCCAAACGAAUGGUGGCGGCCGGGUACGGUAAAGAGUGCUCCCACGCCUACAGCACCAGCCGGAGGGACUUUCUAGAAGAAAGCCUGUCCAGGCUAGGGUUACAACAACUGAGCAUCGAAGAGGUCCAGCGUAUGCCGUGGUCCGAACUGGAAGACGAGAUCGAAAAGUGGACCAAAGCAACAAUCAUGUCCCUCCGGAUCCUCUUCCCAAGCGAACGCCGCCUCUGCGACCGCGUCUUCUCUGGCUUCUCCUCGGCCUCCGACCUCUCGUUCAUGGAGGUGUGCAGGGGGUCCACUAUCCAGCUCUUAAACUUCGCGGAAGCGGUCGCGAUCGGGAGCAGGGCUCCCGAGCGGCUGUUCAAGGUGCUCGACGUGUUCGAGACGCUUCGCGACUUGAUGAGCGAAUUCGAGGCGGUUUUCUCUGAUCAGUACUGCUUGUUUCUUAGGAACGAGGCGGUUACGAUAUGGAAGCGGUUGGGUGAGGCGAUAAGGGGGAUAUUUAUGGAAUUAGAGAACUUGAUCAGGCGUGACCCGGCCAAGGCGGCCGUUCCAGGGGGCGGGCUGCACCCUAUUACGCGAUACGUGAUGAAUUAUCUUAGGGCGGCGUGUAGGUCGCGGUUGACGCUAGAGCAAGUGUUUGAGGAGGGAGCGGUAGGGGGUAGUGAUUUUAGGAGGGUGGAAGCGUCGUCUUCCUUAUCGGUUCAAAUGGCUUGGAUUAUGGAGCUGUUAGAGAGUAAUUUGGAGUCGAAAUCAAAGAUAUAUAGGGAUCCUGCUUUGUGCUCUGUUUUUAUGAUGAAUAACGGGAGGUACAUUGUUCAAAAGGUUAGAGACAGUGAGUUGGGUUCUCUGUUAGGGGAUGAUUGGAUUCGAAAACACACUGCCAAGGUCAGGCAGUACCACGUGAAUUACAUGAGGAGUUCAUGGAACAAGGUUUUAGGGGUGUUGAAGCUGGAUAGUGGUGCUCUGGCAUCUUCUAAUGGCGCAUCAAGAGCAAUGAAAGAGAAGCUCAAGUUGUUUAACUUGUAUUUUGAGGAGAUAUGUAAGGCUCAGUCCGCAUGGGUCAUCUUUGAUGAGCAGAUGAGGGAGGAGAUGAGGAUUUCGGUGGAUGGAAAUUUGACUCCAGCAUAUCGGAGCUUCUUGGGAAGGUUCCAGAAUCUCUCAGAUAUUGGAAAGCAUGAGAAGCAUAUUAGGUACAGUGUGGAGGAUGUUGAGGCUCGGAUUAGCGAGUUGUUCGAAGGAAGGAUUGGUUCAGCUGGUGGAAGGAAGUGAAGCAAGUAAGUUGCUCACUUGUUUGUAGUGUUGUAUCAUGUAUGCUGCUUGUUGUUUUAGUCUGUAGAAGAAUUUGUGUAGUAGUAUGUAAAUGUAACUUUUUUUAUUCUGCCCUUUGUAGCCACUGUUCAUCUUUGUUUACCUCAUCGGACCUAUUAAUCAAGAAAUUGCUAGGUACAAUGAAGUUCUUGUUU